AUGUCCGUCAAAUAUUCUGGAGACCCGAGCGUCUGCCUCAUCGCGAUGGAGGGCUCUACUUGCGAUAACAGCACGAAGGCUUGGUCGCAUGCGUCUCUCGGGUCGCUCCCGCCCGAACUUUUAGAUCUCAUACUGGCGCAUCUUGACAUACGGGACAUCAAAACUCUACGCCUCUCCGUCUGCAGUCAUGAACAAUCCUACCUGCGUGUCCUGUACAGCUCCGCGUAUAUCUCCAUCCUCGACCGAGACGUGAAGAACCUUGUCGAGAUUGCGCGGCACCCAGCUCUCGCAGAAAAUGUCCGAGACAUUUACUGGGUAAUGUACCCUGCCUCAAUACACGAAUUGUCCGACUGGCUUCGCACAUCGUUCAGCCCGCCCCUCUUUUACCAGAGGUCUUACGAGGUCGCAACGGAGCUGGCGAAGGCUACUAUGCUCAGUCCCGUCAGCCAGAAGCAUGGCCAGAGCAGGGCUCCUCCUUUCCGCUCACUCGCAGACGCCAUGAGGGAAUUUCAGCCGACACUCAUCUCCUGCAUCCUGGCCAUGCGAAACGUCCAGUGCAUCUACAUCAUCCCUCCCCCAAGCGGGCAGCGGCCGAUGGGAACCGCAGAACGCUGGCGCCGACGCCCCGAGGACAAGUCGGCCAGGUCAUACUGGGGACGGACAUCACCCUAG